GAGAGGGGCAUUAGUUUAAUUGAAAACAACCAUAAUAUUAACACAAAAAUGUUGUAUCUGCAACUAGCUCUUUUCUUUGCGAUUUUGGUCCUUGCCAGUAGCAUUGAAUCCCUGCAGGAGGAAUACGCUAAGGAACAAUUUAAACUGCGCAAGGAGAUUUGCUACAAACAACCGGAUUAUGGCAAGUGCAAGGGUCGUCGCUCAUUGUGGUACUUCAACGUCCAUAGGCAUAAGUGCAUGAAGUUUGUUUAUUCGAAUUGCGGUGGAAAUCAGAAUCGCUUCUUUUCGAGCGCGGACUGUGAAGAGUUCUGCAAAGGAUUCCCCCUGCCUAAGCCCAAUCCAUUGCAGAAAAGAAGUUUUAAUAAGGCCAGGAAAGCUUGAAAUGUAAUAUUUUAAUAAAUGGAACUCUCCACCUAAAAAUGA